CAUUCAUUUUUUCUCUUUUCUACAGGUCGACGCAUUUUAAGUGUAAAUAACUCCGCGCCUUCUCCGAAUGGCGUGGGGGUGGUACCAAGCUGUGUUCCUCCUUCUUUUGAAGAAUUUCCUGAUGAUUUCUUCACCCAAGAGCAGCGUGAAAGGGGAGGCCUCAUCGUUCAUGCCCUGAUCGUUGCUUAUAUAUGUUCUAUGCUAGCAAUUGUUUGUGAUACGUACUUUGUACCAUGCCUGAAAGUUAUUUCUUCAUAUUUCAAAGUUCCCCAGGACAUCGCGGGAGCUACCUUCAUGGCUGUUGGUACUUCAUCGCCAGAACUCUUCUCUUCAGUCAUAGGGGCUUUUGUAACGGAAGGUGACAUAGGUGUUGGUACUGUGGUGGGUUCUGCUGUCUUCAACAUAUUAGCAGUGACUGGCGCAGCUGGUCUAGCAGUUGGAACAGCGGCAGUUCACUUGGAUUGGUACCCCAUCACACGCGAUUGCUCUAUGUACAUAAUCACCAUAAGCGCUCUAGUUUUCAUCAUUCAUGACAAUAUAGUCACUUGGAUUGAAGCCUUGGUACUCUUUUCUAUGUUUAUUGCAUACUUACUGCUACUUUACUUCAACUGCCAUGUACAAGAUGUUACAACAAAAACGGCAAAACAGGUUCACGAGUGGUGGAAAAACAAGAAAGGAACUUCUCUCGAAAGCUUACCUUACACCGUGUUUGAUGAAAAGUCACCACUGUUGAUGAUCGAUCCUCGCUCCUUCACUCGUUAUCACAGCAAUGAAGACUCUGCCUGCCCAUCAUCUGGUAGCACUUCGCUCAUGGCUUCCAGCGAAAUGACCAGCAGUGGUGAAAGCGACACGUUAGCGAAAGAAAGUGGGCAAUUCAAGCAACCACCUUUGCUUGUUGAGCAAAUAAUCACUGAGAAGUACAUUGUGGUUAAAGAUAUUGAUGACGGAUUGGAUACCUUACAGAAAGUUCCUAAGGAUUUUGAAGAAUCUCAUGAAGUUCGUUUAUGGAGUCUUCCAGAAAAACCUCUUGAGAAAUUCAUCUUCUUUUUAAUGUGGAUACCGAAUUUUCUAUUCUUCAUCACUAUUCCACGAUGUGACUUACCACGGCGUACCAAGUUAUUUCCGUUAACUUUCUUUACUUCCAUCGUAUGGCUUGGAGUCCUUUCAUAUAUGUGUUUCUGGAUGGUUUCUGUUAUCGGUUACACGCUUGGAAUUCCAGAUACAGUUUCUGGUUUGACAAUUCUUGCAGCAGGCACUAGUGUCCCAGAAUUAGUGUCAAGCGUCAUAGUCGUCCGAAAUGGUUUAGGCAAUAUGGCCUUUUGCAAUCUUCUUGGAAGUAACAUCUUUGACAUACUAUUCUGCUUAGGUGUACCAUGGCUAACAAAAACUCUUAUGAAUAGCGAAACCCGGUCACUCAUCAUCAAUAGUUCAGCACUCACGUAUACAACACUCAUUCUAUUAACAGUUGUCAUUCUGUUCUACCUGACACUCGUAAUUUGCAGUUGGAAAUUGAACUGGCGUUACGGCAUUGUUGCUUUUGUUCUUUAUAUAUCUUUCCUGAUAAUCGCAUCCUUGUACGAAAGCAAUGUAUUCGGGGACUUUAAUCCUCCCACUUGCGCUAGCUGACAAAUGUGAUAUAAGCUAAAAUUUUAUGCAAGCAUUUAAUGAUGUAUUUUAACAAUGCUGUUAGAGAUAUGUGUAUUAGAUACUGACAUAUGUAUUGUGUGUUUUUAAGUCUACUCUUUUAAGAUUAUGAAAUAAAGGAUUGUUGAUUAAUGCAA